GUUCCAUUUGCGUUUCUCUCGUGUUCUUCUUUCUCUCUCUCUCUCUAUAUAUAUAUCUCUGUCUGUAUAAAUUUGCAAUCUCUAUCACUCAUAAAGUCACUGUCUUUUGCUUUUUUCUCGUCCAUCAAGUCCGACUUUUUUUCUGCUUUUUUCUCACCAUUUUCUUGAGUCGUGCCCUUUGUCUUUAUAUCUCCUUGUUUCACUCAACGUGUCCAAACUCAGCCAUAGCCAGGAACAGCUGAAUCUUUCUCAAGUGAUCGAUCUGAACUUGGUUUCAGAGUAAUGGCGGAAACUAAACCAGAGGAGAUAAGUCAUCCUCCUAUGGACCAGCUUCAAGGUCUAGAAUACUGUAUUGAUUCUAAUCCAUCAUGGGGAGAGGCAAUAGCUCUUGGGUUUCAGCAUUAUAUCUUGUCACUGGGUACAGCAGUGAUGAUUCCUACAUUUCUUGUUCCUUUGAUGGGGGGAUCUAACCAUGAUAAGGUGAGAGUAGUUCAGACUCUGCUUUUCAUUCAAGGAAUUAAUACACUUCUGCAAUCAUUAUUUGGAACGCGAUUACCGACUGUAAUUGGAGGAUCAUGGGCUUUCAUAGUUCCUAUAUUUUCUAUCAUUCAUGAUUCAUCCCUGAUGGUGAUUGAAGACCCACAUUUGAGAUUUCUUAGCACCAUGAGAGCAAUUCAAGGGGCUUUAAUAGUAGCAUCAAGUGUGCAGAUUAUAUUAGGAUUCAGCCAACUAUGGGCAAUUUGUUCCAGGUUUUUCAGUCCUCUUGGAAUGGUUCCAGUGAUAUCCCUUGUAGGAUUCGGUCUGUUCGAUAGAGGAUUUCCAGUGGUGGGAAGAUGCGUGGAAAUUGGCAUUCCCAUGUUUAUUCUGUUUGUUGGUUUCUCCCAGUAUCUGAAGCAUCUUCAAACGAGAAAUAUUCCAUUGAUAGAGAGAUUUGCUCUGCUGAUAUCGAUAGCAGUUAUAUGGGCAUACGCUCAUCUUCUAACAGCUAGUGGAGCUUACAAGCAUCGUCCGGAAUUAACCCAAUUCAAUUGCCGAACUGAUAAAGCUUACUUAAUUUCUUCUGCACCAUGGAUAAAGAUUCCAUAUCCUCUAAUGUGGGGUGCUCCGACUUUUAAUGCUGGUCAUGCCUUUGGGAUGAUGGCUGCUGUCUUUGUCUCCAUGAUUGAGUCAACCGGAGCAUUCAAGGCUGCAUCUCGUCUCGCCAGUGCUACUCCUCCGCCGGCUCAUGUUCUCAGCCGCGGAAUUGGUUGGCAGGGGCUUGGUAUUCUUCUUGGUGGCUUGUUUGGGACUGUCACUGGCUCUACUGUUUCUGUAGAAAAUAUUGGAUUGCUUGGAACAACCCGGGUUGGAAGCCGUAGAGUUAUCCAAAUCUCAGCUGGAUUUAUGAUUUUCUUCUCCAUAUUAGGGAAAUUUGGAGCUCUGUUUGCUUCGAUACCAUUCACUAUAUUUGCAGCCGUGUAUUGUGUCUUCUUCGGUCUUGUUGCUUCGGUGGGGUUGUCUUUUCUGCAAUUUACAAACAUGAACUCAAUGAGGAGCCUUUUCAUUACUGGGGUGUCUAUGUUUCUUGGAUUAUCGAUUCCUCAGUAUUUUAGAGAAUAUACAGCUGCAGCUCUUCAUGGUCCUUCUCAUACUCAUGCUGGAUGGUUCAAUGAUUGGCUAAAUACGAUAUUCCUGUCAUCCCCAACUGUGGCGUUGAUGGUAGCUGUUUUCUUGGACAACACACUCGAGGUCAAGAACAGCGCAAAAGACAGGGGAAUGCCAUGGUGGGCGAAAUUCAGGACUUUUAAAGGCGACACCCGAAAUGAAGAGUUCUACAAUCUACCCUUCAAUCUAGACCGUUUCUUUCCACCAUCAUGAUGAACUACUGUGAUCAUCAUCAUAAAGUGGAGAUAGAUAAUAUAUAAUAUGUUGAAUUGCAUUUUUUUCUUUUGGAGUUAGUUCUUCAUCUGUGUCUGGACUUCUGGAAUAGGGGGGUUAUUCAGGUUUAAUCCAUUUAUUCAUUCAUUUUUGGAU